UACACUACUUUCCAUUUCUUGUUGUUUUUUAACCUCCACAACAGACAGUCCCCUCCUCAGUCAGUAACUUAUUCUCAAAGUAAAGACGCCUCCUCCCACCCACACACAGGUUUUUUUCUGCAGCGCUGUCUGAUGUGCUCACAGGCAGACAGCAGAGACAGGAUGAGACUGAGAAGAGGAAGACCACCUCACACAUAACGAAAUGGAAAUGUGGCUGAAACGGACGACUCUGGUGUUGCUGACAGUGGCAGCUCUGGUGGUAUCAGGUAAAGAUGUGAAUAUUCAAACACAAAGGAGAGUGGAAGUUCCUGCUGGUUCCUCUGUGACUUUCCUCUGCCCUGUGACUUCCCUCUGCCCUUUGAUGAAAGAACUCGAUAGAUAUCGGGUGAACUGGUACUUUAAUUCCGCUGGACCUUCAUCGGGUGACGUACGCAUCUCUAACAAUUCUGCAAAGUCCUCCACCGUGGUGUCCAACAAAACAAAGCAGAACAAUGAAAAAAAUAUAUAUACUCUGAUAAAUGCAACAAAAAAUGACACCGGAUGGUACUUUUGCACUCUCAUCGUUGAGAUUCCCGUUUUGAAACAUUGUCAAAGCAACGGAACAGAAUUAGUUAUUACGGAGAGCAAGAAACUCACAACAUACCCGUCACUGCCCAAAGUGAAGGGUAAACAAGCCGUGAUUCCCACAAAGAGCCUCCCUCUCCUCGACCUGUGGAUGUGGAUCUCUUUGGGGGUUUCUACUUUCAUCCUGAUGGUCCUGCUGGUCGUGUGUUUGUUGCUGAGGAGAAGACAUCGCAGAAGCAGAGAAGAUCCAAUCUAUGCAAACACUCGUCCUGUGGCCAACAAGCACCCGUCCCCUCGGCCCGGGGUCCCGGUGGACACCCUGAAGAAGGCUUCCUCCUCUCAAAACCUCAGAAACCCGAGUCCAGCCCGGAGGUGCCACGAGGACAAACGGAGAUGCAAACUGUGAAGAAGCCAUGGGGCUUAAUUCAUCAAAUCAACUCUCAUAUUUAGUCAUAUAGCUGUAUUUACUGUUAUUUUUAUAUUUUACAUUGUAUUUUACAGGUGCAGGCUUUUCCUUUAAACUUGAAAUUUGUAUGUACAUUUGUUUUAUCUCCUGAAAAUAUUAGGUUGUUGUUAACAGCAGCCUGUAGUGAUCACUGAUGCAUACACUGGGGUUACAUAAUUCAAUCCAGGAACUACAGGUUGGGGGUAUU